GAAAAUAUUUCACAAAAUUACUGCUGUAUUUGUUGUCUUUUGGAUUAAAAAAAACAGGCUUGGUGAGCAGAAGAGAAAUCAUUAAAGGGAGCAUAAUACACACAGUUUCACCCAAUCUCAUGUUAAUCUUGAGUACCUAUAGAGUAGUACUGCAUCCUUCCUAUCUCCAAGAAUACUUUAGUUUUGUCAUUUUUAUAAAAGAAAGAUACAGCUCUACGGUUCUCUCCAGAAAAAGCUGAGCUCCUGGAGGAGUGCUGUGGGCGGAGCUAAAGAAUGACGAGCUCUUGCCAACAAAACAAGACAUUUUACAAGACAAGUUUCACUUAUCUGCAGUUCUGAAUCAUGAACAAUAUCUUUAAUUGAGAGUGAGGAGUUGUCGUCAUGUUUCAGAGCCCCUCCCCUUGAUAUCAUGGUAUCUUGUGGGAUCCCCACCCUCUCCGUCAUGUUGGCAGGAUUCCGGCAGCAAAACAUGAUUACGUUUACAUGUGUUGUUAACUCAGUAGUAGAGGAGGUUCUCACAAUUCCGCACUGUUUUACCAUGCCUGAAAGUAAUUGUUGCGUCAAAAACUGCUCCAGUACCUCACACGAUACAUAUGGAAAACACAGGAACAAUGGAAUGCAGUUUUUUAGGUUACUGAAAUGGACACACCAUCAAGGCACAAGCUUCUGACCUGGCGAGGAGAUGCCAGAUUGCUUGUUUGGCUGCAAUAAGAAGAAAGGACCUUACUUUUGAUGAGAGUGUGUUCUCUGCAUUUUCACUUGGGUAAACCAUUAUAUGAGAUGUUGGAGAACCACCCUGACUGGACAUCAACACCAGCCCAGGGCCAGCAGCAGUCGCCAUAACCAGCCCAAGACCACCAGGACAUAGAAUAUGGACUCUGCACAUCAAGACGAGAUGUUAUCAACAAUAUUUUGGAAGAAAACAGAGAGCUGAAGUGGGAGCUUGAUGAGUACAGGAUGAAUGAGAACUUUCUGAGUGGAGAUGAUGACACAGUGAAGUAUUACAUGGGGCUUCGAAACUUUGCAUUUUUCCAGAUACUUAUACUCACCCUCACUCCAUAUCUGCCUCAAGGUAGGAUGAAGAACCUCUCACCCUUCCAGCUUUUCCUAUUGAUUUUAAUGCGCCUCAGACUAGACCUUCCAAUACAGCACCUCAGCCAUCUGUUUAGAGUUCAUAAGACAACAGUCGCCGAUGCCUUUCACCAUACCCUUGGAGUGAUGUAUGCACAGCUGUGUCCAUUGGUGCACUGGCCAAGCAGGGAAUGCUUAUUUACCAGUAUGCCACACCAGUUUGUGGAGUCAUUUGGGAAAAAUGUGGCUGCCAUUGUGGACUGCUUCGAGGUGUUCAUCGAAAAACCCUCAAAUGUUCUGAUUCGAGUCCAUGCAUGUGGCAUAAACCCAGUGGAGACAUACAUCCGCUCUGGAUCCUAUGCUCGAAAACCCAGCUUGCCCUACACUCCUGGAUCAGAUAUUUCUGGUGUGGUUGAAGCUGUUGGGGAUGGCGUUUGCCUCUUAAGGACAGGUGACAGAGUUUUCACCACAGGCACAGUGACAGGAGGAUACGCUGAGUUUACUUUGGCUUCAGAGGACACUGUUCACAAGCUUCCUGAUACCCUAGACUACAAACAGGGUGCAGCUAUUGGAGUCCCAUAUUUCACUGCAUACCGGGCUUUAGUUCAAAAGGCUCAUGCCAAAGCAGGAGAGACAGUUCUUAUCCAUGGAGCCAGUGGUGGGGUAGGCAUUGCAGCGUGUCAGAUUGCACGAGCGUUUGGCCUUAAAGUUCUGGGUACAGCAGGGACAUCUGAGGGUAUGCAGCUGGUGCUCAGCAGUGGAGCUCAUCUUGCGUUCAACCACAGAGAAAAAUACUAUUUGGAUAAAAUUAAGAAUGCUACCAAUGGACAAGGCGUGAAUGUGAUCAUUGAGAUGUUAUCCAACGUCAACCUCAGUAAUGAUCUUCAGUUGCUUGACUUUGGUGGCAGAGUUAUUAUUGUUGGCUCUAGAGGCCCUAUUGAAAUCUACCCCAGAGACAUCAUGGUGAAAGAGACCAGCAUCAUUGGUGUGGCUUUAUACAAUGCAACUAAUAAGGAAACAUCUGAGUGUGCCACAGCUCUUUUUGCAGGAAUGGAGACAGGCUGGUUGAAACCUGUCAUUGGUCCUGAAUAUACACUUGAUAAAGCAGCAAAAGCUCAUGAAGACAUCAUCAGCAGCCCUGGAGCCAGUGGAAAGAUGAUUUUUAUCAUCUGAAAUUAUGCAGGAAGUAAAAAAUCCAAUACAGUGCAACAUAACAUAACCGUCGUUGAGGGAGUGUCAUAAUUUGUGUUCACAGAAGAAACUCAAACAGGUUUGGAACAAAAAUGAAAACUCUGCCAUCUAGUCAUCCUCAUAUUGUUCCAACCCCUUUAUGAAUUUCUUUCUUUGCUGAACACAAAUGAGGAUAGUUUAAAGAAUGUGGGUAACCAAACAGUUGAUGGUAGCAAAGAAUGGGAAAAAAAAUACUAUGGAAGUCAAUGGCUAACAUCAACUGUUCAGCUACAUUAUAUUUUCAUGUAUGAAUCACAUAUAUGAAGCUGAUCAUAAAGACCUGUUUUGUGGAAAUGAAAUAAAAUAAAGAGAUAAUUAAAUCUU